AUGCAAGCAUUACUCAAUCAAAUCCUGGAAAAGAGGAGAGUACAAUGGAUAAGAGUACAAUGGGCGGGAAAAGGGAAGAGUACAAUGGAUGAGGAAAUAGAGGGUGGAGAUGAGUAUAAAGCUAAUGUUCUAGCUUUUUCCUUCCUUACUAGAUUAAGUGGCCCUGUGUGCAUGUUCAUCCUAUGGUUGUUACUCUCGGUCGCGAAUUAUGUUGACGUACGUCCAAAUGCACGUACACAGUGCGAGGGCACAUAG